AUGCUUUAAAGUAAUAAUGGUAUUCUGUUAAAGGUCAGCAAGUCUAAGUCACGUAAAAGAGUUAUUCAGGCUAAAAAUAUCCAAUUCAGAUAAGAUCAUUAAACUACUUCCAAAUUCUAGUCCUUAUCCCCUGAAUCAAAUAAUUAAGAAGGGACAAGUACAAAGGAAUAAAGUGAGCAAAAUGUGAAUGAAACACUUGGAGUAAUGCUAAAAAACAGGAAAGUGAAACUAAAGACCGAUAUAAAUACUGAGGGAAACUAGAAUGCUCAGCAAACUAUAAAUAUUCAAAAACUUAACAAAAAGAUAGACCUAAAUAAAGACUAAAUUACUAAUAGAGCAACGAGCCAGGCUGAAUUAUAAUCUUAAAAAUCAUCGUUAAUAAAUGAGAAUUUUAGAUAAAUAUCAUAAGAUAGGAGUUCCUAGGAUAAUGAUGCAAAUUAGAUCUAUCAAUAACCAAGUCAAAAAAUAACUGUAAUUGAAUAAAAACAAAAGCAAUAAUCGCCUGAAAAGUCCUCGCAUUCAUAGGUGAGACUUAAAAUGACAGAUCCAAUGAGAAAUGAUCAUACUCCAACAACUGCUGCUAGUAGCAAUAAAAGAGAUAACGUUCAAACUGCUGAAUUAAUUGACUUAUAAUCAGGACAGCCUCUGCAAUCCAGAAAGAAAGUUGAACGAAGAAUUGAUGUUGCGUUAGAGUCUAGAGGUAGCAUAUUUACUGGAAGAGAUGAGCAGUAGAUAUUAUAUUAAAAAAGAUAAAAUGAAUAAAAAGAGAUAUAAGAGGCAUUGAGGUAAUAAAUAGAAGAUAAAAAGAAAAGAUUACAAGAGGAGAAAGUUAAGCAGGAUUAGUUUGAAAACUAGUGGAAUAGUCCAAAAGUUGAUAAAAGAAGACAAUUGGAUUCUCAGAGUGAUUCUUUAUUUUCAGGAAUGAAUAGUCCUAUGUCUGGCACUGGAACUAAAUUCAGUUUCGUAAAUUAGUUUUAAGAGCAUUCCUAGCUUAAUUAGCCUAAUAUUGUGAUAGGAAAGUAUAAUAGUUACAGAAACGGUGUUCUUAAAGAUAUUCUUGAAGAGGAAAAAAGUGUUGAAACCACAACACUUCAAGGUAUGAGCCCUACCUUUGUAAGAAACUAGCAAAGUACCCCUUCAGAUAACUAAGAAAAUAACUAAUAAAGAUUGAAAUCUAUAAAUAAGAUUGAAGUUGGUAAGUUUGAUUUAAAAAAGUCAGGAUCCCAUUCUAAUCUAAUUCAAAUUACUAAUUAACAGUAAUAAAACAGAGAGUCUACUAAAAAAAUAAAAUUAAGUAAAAACUCGAGUACCUCUAGCGUUGUCUAAGGUGCAUAAGGAAUUAUAAAGUAAAGGGCUUCAAGAGCUGGAGUACUAAGUCCAACUCAACAAGAUACAUAAGAUACUGAAAACUCUCAAGCAAAGGUUAUUCCAAAGUUAUAAUAGGCGCAUGUAGAGUCGCAAAAUCAAAUUGAUGCAUUGUCUUCUAUGGUUGAAUAGCUUUUAGUCGAGCAAAAAAACUUAAAAAAUAAGAUUAAUUUGCAAGAGAGAUUAUUAGAGGGACAUUUAGGGUCUAAAGAGGAUGAAGAUCAAUCAGCAUAGACUACUUAAAGAAACUCCUCAAGAGAGUUCAAGAUUCGUAAAUCAACCUCUAAAGGCUCGAUUAUGAUGAAUUAGAAAAAGUCAUCAAAAGAUAAUCAUAUGAGACCUGAUGACAGUUUAGAAAAAGAUAACGAUCAAAUUGAGCUAAUUUAAAGAAAUCUAAUUCUAAAUCACCAAAUCAAUCUUAAGAAUCUGAACCCAGAACAUCCUCCAAUUAUCUAAUCAUAAUAGGAAUUGCUUGCUAAUUAGAACAAUCAGAAUCAAAGAUAUAAUAACCGGUAGAGUAACAAAAUGUAAUUCCUUGAAAGAAAUGAGAAACUUAAGCAGAAAAAUCAUCUCAUUAAGUUUGGUCCAUCAAAUUAAGGAGCUAAAUAAAAAGUUUAAUCUCUUGAGCCAAUUAGAGAGUCUCUUGAUAAGACUAAUACUCAAUAAAGCCAAAUAGUAGAUGAAAACAUUCUUACAAACAGUAUACUUGAGCAAAGAUUUAAUGUGGCUAAAAGUAUAGAUGCCCUUCAGACAAAUAAUCAAUUAAAUCAAAGAUAGCUAUUACAAGGAUCAGUUUAAGGAAUGAAGCCUCAUUAUAGCUCACAAGAAAAUUUAAAGUUCUCAAAUAGCGUAAAGCAUACUCCAAAUAGUAAUUUGAGGUAGCCAGAUAAUGGACUUAUUGGGGGUAACUCGAACAAUCAAAAUCUAGAUUUUGCUGGUUAAAGCUAGCUGCUAUUUUUUUCUGAAAAUGUGAAGAGCUCAGGAUCAAACUUUUUACCUGAAAUUAGAAAAAAUAAUGUGCCUCAGGCAUAAGAAAAUGUAAGAAACCCAUCAAACUCAAUGGAGAGAUUCGAUAGUGCUAAUUUUAGAAAUAUGCAAUAAUCAAAUUUCAAAAUGUACACUAACAUUGAGCCGAGCAGUAAAAAGGCUACAAAGCAAUAAAAAAGGAAUGAAGAUAUGGAGAUGAUAAGCUCAAUAAUGAUGCCUGAUUCAAUAGUAUUAGAGUAAAAUUAAAUGAGGCCGGUACAAAAUAACCUUAUUAAUUCGUAGAAAUUUGUCUCCUCAUCUGGUGGGGAUACCCAAAACAAUUUCUUCAGAUAGCCAUCUAACAGUAUCCCUCCUCAUUAAUACUUAUCAAUAGAAAACCAUGAAGAUAGUGAGCUCAAAUAAACUUAAAUCAGCAAUGUGAGCAUCAAAAGUAAGAAAUCACAAGGAAGCAACAAACUUAGCCUCAAGGAAACAGCAAUAUUCGGCAUGAAAAAAUCUGGAUAAAAAUUCUACAAAACGAAUCCUUAGUAAAAUCAGAUCAAUCUCGCAGAUAGAUUGACCUUCUCAAAUUUCAAUAAAGACUCUAAUUUUGAACCGAUCUUGAUUGAGUAGUCGCAACAAGCAUUCUAUUAGAAUGUUGCUGCUCCACCUUCGAUGCAAAAGAGAUAGAGUCCUUCUCCCAGUAGUCAGAACACUCAAACUAACCAAUUUAGAAUAUCUGCAAAUGCACCAAUGAUGAUUAUAAAAAAGAGCUCUAGCAAUCAAAGGCUAGCGCCAAUUGCACUUAUAUAGAAAAAGAUCACUCCAAUAAAAAAGAAGUUCCCGCAUGAUUUCUUUGGGGGAUCAGGACCUAUUAGCCGAGGUAACUAUGAUGAUCACGAGUGA